AUGCAGAAUACACGUUUAUUUGGUCCGAUCCCUCAAACAACCGGAGAAUAUCAACGGAAUUUCUUUAAACCCGAUCCAGAAGCAUUCUUCGGUCAUGGCUGUCCACCAAAUCCAUUCGUCCGACCAACAUAUCCACAUUUCCCGUUCACAGUUCAAGCAAUGACCUCAACAGCUCCACGAAUGCAGAAUCCAAUUCAGUGCGAAUGGGUUGAACGGAACAAAAUAUGCAAUCGUGUUUUUUACUCGAUUGAACACAUCGUUUCACACUUACAACAUGAGCACGUUGGUCUAUCAGAUAGCACACUUCACAUUUGUCAGUGGAAAGAUUGUGUUCGAAAGGGAAAGAUAUUUAAAGCGAAAUAUAAAUUAAUUAAUCAUAUCCGAGUUCAUACCGGCGAACGACCGUUUCCAUGCAGUAUGUGCGAUAAAGUAUUCGCCAGAAGCGAAAAUCUCAAGAUUCACCAACGCACACAUACAGGUGAUAAGCCGUUCAGCUGUACAUAUCCGGGUUGUGAUCGGAGGUUUGCAAAUAGCAGUGAUAGGAAGAAGCAUAUGCAUGUGCAUACCAAUGAUAAACCGUAUGAGUGUAGGAUUACUGGAUGCGGAAAGUCGUACACGCAUCCCUCCUCUUUGAGGAAGCAUCUGAAGGUUAGACAUCUUGCAUUUGCGAUGGUAUUGUGGCAAUUAAGAAAUCUUUUUCCGAAACGUUUUCCAAUUUCUUUUUGCUCUCAUUGCAACAAAUACAAAUGUGAAUUGUUUAUACUCGAAGGUUAUUUGGCUUUCUUUGAAAGUGUCGUCCUCAUUACCGUUUUUUCCAUCAGCAACAAUUUUUUGUUCAGACAUCUCAAAUGUGAAAAAAUGCAUUCCGCAACAGCGCAAAACCGGUUCGCAAUCGACUUGACAUUAAUAUUUUCGAGUUUGAUCCCCACUGCUAAUUUUGAUUCACAUGAUACUAAGAAUAACAGGAAGAAGGAACGGGUGUUUGUAUGCUUGUAG